CCGGUGGGGCAGGAGCGCUCAGCGGCCCAUCCCCUCUCCGUCUUUUUGGGACUCCUGGCGCCGUCCCUUGUCUCACUGAACCUUCCGACUUGCCUUUUGCUUGUCCCCGUCGAUUAACCCAGCGCUGCUCCCUGUAAUGGGGUGGGCGCCCCGAACCCCGCCGGUAGUCGGGCCGCAGGUGUUAUCGAGGCGGUGCCCGCGGUGCCCGGUGCCCUCGCGCUCCCGGGCGCGGCUCGGUGCUUUGUGGGAGAGCCGUGGGAGGGCUGCUGGUGAUUGGGGAGCCGUAACCGACCGGAGCCGCCGGGCACCCGCGCGGGCGGGGCUGCUGGGCUCGGGCCGCAGCGCUGCCCGGCUCUCGGAAGGUGCCGUCCCUCCAGCGUAGUUAGUGGGGCUCCGACCGAUUGCUUGCAGUGGCUGAGAGGACGUGGAGCAUGUUGCAGAUCGGAGCUGCAAGACUUAACACAAGGCCAGUGUUUGGAGGUGUAAGAUCUCGCAUUGGGAUCCAGCAAAAUCUUCUGAAUAGACCAUCACCAGCUGUGAGCUUCCAGCAGACUUUUGAUGCCCGACAGAAGAUAGGACUCACUGAUGCCAGGCACAAACUGGGGGUGAAAGAUGCCCGAGAAAAACUGGUUCAAAAGGACGCUCGCUUCAAAAUCAAAGGGAAGGUUCAGGAUGCUCGGGAGAUGUUGAAUUCCCGUAAGCAGCAAAGUGUUGCUGCUGAAAAGGUGACCAAAGUGGUGGAUGCCAGAGAGAAGAUCAGCUUAAAAAGGAGCACUCCAGCUGCUAUCAGCCCAGCUAUGGGGACAGUAAAUCCAGCCGUGAAAAUCACCAAAACUAUUCAACAGAAGGCUCCAGUUCCUGGACACUCUCAUCCAGCAGGAAUGAGGAUCAAUGUGGUGAACAACCAUACACAUAAACAGGGUCUGUAUGACACAGAAGAUGAUGAGGAAAGUGUCUCUCCCCUUCCUAGCAAACAGAUGAAAAUCACCACCACAAACAGUUUCCUGCACAACUCGACUGGUCUGAGCAGCAAUAAAUUCUCUCUGUCCAAGACUGUUCCCCUGACUAAAGUGGUCCAGAACGAUACAUACACAGCUCCACCUGCAACCCUCCCUCCUAUGCGGACAAAGGCCUUGGCAAACAUGUCCCGGACCUUAGUGACAAAGGAAGUGCCUCCAAAAGAGCCAGCACCUGUUGAGCUGGCGUUCAGUCCUUUGGAAGGCACAAAGAUGACCGUAAAUAAUCUGCAUCCUCGAGUCACAGAAGAAGAUAUUGUUGAGUUAUUCUGUGUGUGUGGCGCUCUGAAGCGAGCCCGGCUGGUGCACCCUGGCGUGGCUGAGGUAGUAUUUGUGAAGAAAGAAGAUGCUAUCACAGCAUAUAAGAAAUACAACAACAGGUGUUUAGAUGGUCAACCAAUGAAAUGCAAUCUUCAUAUGAAUGGGAAUGUCAUCACCUCAGACCAGCCUAUAUUGCUCCGAUUGAGUGAUACCCCUUCAGUGAAGAAGGAAGGGGAACCACGCCGGUCAAGUGCAAGCGCGUCCUCAAAUCCCCCAGCUGAAGUGGACCCUGAAACUAUCUUGAAGGCACUCUUCAAAUCCUCAGGGGUCUCUGCCUCUGUGCAGCCCACAGAAUUCAAAAUUAAACUCUGAGAGGGGGGGAGCAAGCAGUGGACUGGAAAACUCAUAUAAGCUGAGGGAUGAGGAAAGUGCAGGAGUGCAGAUGUUGUUUGCAUUUGCCUGUCCUGAAAUUUUUUGUUUUCUAUGAUCGCUACCUUACUGUACAAUAGUGUUUCCUCUUGUGUGUGUACUUUCUGUUUUCAUAGUUGGAGUUUUCUUCCAUGAUUUUUUUUUCCCAAGAGAAUAAUCUUCCCCUUCUGCCAGUUAUGUAUUACCAAGCAUAUACCAUGUAACUCCAUCCUUUACUCCAAAGCCCCCAGUGGCCAUUAAAAGUGCACAUAGACUUUGA